GUGAGCGGUGGGAACUGUGGAGGCUAGCAAAAAGGUAUAAAACCAGCUACAAGGUGAGACCAAAGGCGAUUCAGAGGAGUUAUGGAAAGCUCACAGGACAACCAUCUGUUCUGAGUUUUGUUUAAGAGACAAAAUGUCUAGUAGGAGUCAGCGCUAUGGAUUCCAGUCUGCCACCAUGGUGCAGCCUUCCAACGGUGGCCUUGCAUAUCUUUUUGGAAACAAUGGCUCAGAGAACGACCUGUCUGAGGAAGAUGGAGAAAGCUACGAGCUCCGGUCACGUGGGAAAGAGAGGCUUUGGAAAAACUCUUCCAGAGAAAAAAUGGAUAACAUUAUCUACCUUACCCGAGACAUCCAGGAAGGAGACACCUUGAACAGCUUGGCUCUGCAGUACCAUUGCUCAGUGGCUGACAUCAAACGUGCCAACAACCUUCUGACGGAACAGGACUUCUUUGCUCUGCGUUCUGUCAAGAUUCCUGUGAGGCGCUUCAGUGUCCUAACGGAGACUCAUAACAGUGGCCCUCCCAAAUCUGGCUCCCCUACAGGAUCUAGACAUGCUUCCCCCAUCACACCUGUUACAUUCCUUCCAACCGAGUCUUCCACAGACUCGUCUACUUCCUCUACUGACAGUGUGGAAGGAUUUCUACUGGAAAAAGACAAGGACAUUGAGCAGCUGGUCAAAUCCACAGGACCGUCUCGAAGCAGCCUUAACGAAGUCGUUUCAUCCCUAACCCAACAACAGCCGCUUCUUGGAGAUGCAGAGUACAAACCAUCUCAGAGAAAGGAUCCCUACUAUGGGGCUGAUUGGGGGAUGAGGUGGUGGACAGCUGUGGCCAUCAUGCUCUUCGUUGGGAUCAUUACUCCUGUGUUUUAUCUGCUGUACUACGAAGUUCUUGUGAAAAGUGACGUCAGCCAUCAUGGUACCACCACUCAAGCUCAUGGCGGUAUUCAUCUCGUACAGCAAGAGGGUGGAGAAUCUAUGAACAAGCCUUUAGAAGACAAAAAUGCAGAAGCUGGAGAUGCGGUUAAUGGAGAUCCACAGAACCCUGGUAAAUACAAUACAGAAGAUGAUAAAAAUGCAGGGCUUAAGAAUACGUAACAUAUGCUGAUAGAUUUUUUUGGUCUAACUCAUAGGAUAAAUAAAAAUAAGUGGAAUGUUCUCCUUGUUGGGUAUUUUCCACUUUUUUUCAGAAAAGGACAAAAGUUCUGAUAAUUUAACUUUAUGUAGAAAGAGGUUCAGACUACUUCUGCAGGAUCAGGAUUAGAACAUUUCAAGUUGACUAUACGUUUUUAAUGUAAUGCCUUUUCUGUCGAUUUUCAUUGAUAAAAUUAGAAAUCACCGUAUCAGGAUUAGUAGGUGGUUGACUGAAGAAUAUUUUGUAUUUGAUCGCAUUGGAAUAUUAGGACAGAUGCUUGUCUCCUACUUGGCCUUAAAAUUCUGUUGGUGAAACUACAAUACAAACCUUAAAGCUUGCUUAGAUAGAAAAUGGGGAAACAAACAGCCACACACUCUUUAUGAUGCACUUUAUUACUGGUAUUUAGCAACUGUGACUACCUCUACAACAGUAGGUUUUGGAGGUUUGUUUGGAAUAUUCAGGUGUCUAGCUCAAUGCCAGGGGUGAAAGACAUUCGUUUUCUUUUUUUUUAAAGAAUUGUGAUCAGUUUAGGAAGAAAUGUUCACAAAGUCUGAACAGUUUCUCUUUUUUUUUAAUGGUUUUAAGCCCAUCAGACACUAAAUAUGGGUUUGUCAAGAUUAUUCAAGAGUCAAACUGUUUUUAAACUUGAUAUUCUUUGAUCAGUUUCAGAAAGGGACAUUUGAUUUGUCUAUGCUAACAAUUUUUUUUUUUUUAACUAACAAGUUCAAUUCUUUAGUUGCUAAUUUGUAAACCUUAACAGCCCACAAAAGUCUUGAAUAUCCUGCUUUGGACAGUGGAGACAAAAGGAGAUGUUUGGACAGUUUUGUGGGAAGUUGACAUCUUGCUGUCAAACAUUAACUCUCAAGCUGAUGAGAGGUUUUUUUUGUUUUUGAACUCAAGAUUCAGCAGGAAAAUGCCUUUAUCAAUUUGACUAACAGCAAAGCAGUUUUGUUGCUUCAGUAAAAUGUCCAAAAGAAUGUGAUAGUUUAAAGACAAAAACAAAGUUUGCCACAUUCGUUCUGCAAGAUGUCAUACAUGAAACUAUAACAAGAUUUUGCUAAUAAAGAUGGCUACAAAUGCUUUUAGAAUUAGUUGCUGUGAGGUUUUUUCUUCCCAGUGAACCAUCUGUUUGUAAAAAUCAGGUCUAAUUUUUUUUUUACAAAAUUUCUUCUGGAAGAAAUCUUAAUGUUUUCCUUUGUGCACACGUGAAAUACUAUUGUGUUAAACUAUGACGGGGUUUUAAACUAUUGUCAAGACUGAGCUUCAGUGAUACUACCAGUAUUGAAUUUUCAAUGAAACCUUGUUUUAUCCAAGUGUCCUGAAUCUGGCUGGACAUGAAACUGUGGUAAAACUGCAUAUGUGCAUCAAUAUCUUAAUAUGCAAUGUUCCCAGAUAAAUUACCUAAAUGUUAUGUAUUGUACAGUUGCUAUCCUGUGACAGUUUUGUUGACUGUGUGCCUUUCAAGUUGGAAAUAUACUGCAGGCUUAAUAAAUAUCUAUUUUGAAUAA